AGAAAACCUGACAGAUAUAUCGCAGGGCACAGUAAUCCCUUACACCCCACAGGCGCACGCCACCCGACAUCCAUUGACGUCCCUGCCGCGCCAUCUUUAGAAAACAGUGAGCCUCACACUGAAUGAAACUUCAUUAGAGUCUUUUGUAAAAGCUUCCCAGUGUGUGGACUGAUAUCCUUUACUUUCCAGGUGUUUUGAGUGAUCAUGGGGAUCAAGGUUCGCCCUCGCUGCUUUCUUGACAUCGGAAUCAGUAAUGUUCUUGUUGGCAGAGUUGUGAUAGAGUUGUUUGCAGACAUCUGUCCGAAAACCUGUGAAAACUUUCGAUGCCUCUGCACAGGUGAGAAAGGCAUUGGCAAAGGAACUCAGAAGCCCCUACACUACAAGGGAUGCCUCUUCCACCGAAUUGUAAAAGACUUCAUGAUUCAAGGUGGAGACUUCAGUGAGGGAAAUGGAAGAGGAGGCGAGUCCAUCUACGGAGGCUUUUUUGAAGAUGAGAGCUUUGCAGUUAAACACAACAAGGAGUACCUGCUUUCUAUGGCCAACAGGGGCAAAGAUACAAAUGGAUCACAGUUUUUCAUAACAACAAAGCCCGCUCCACAUCUGGAUGGUGUCCAUGUGGUUUUUGGUCACGUCAUCUCUGGCCAAGAGGUUGUUCAAACCAUGGAGAGCCAGAAAACGGACCCUAGCAGCAAGCCCUACGCCGAGGUGAAAGUUAUGAACUGCGGCGAGCUCGUCCCUAAAUCUAAAGCAAAAAAGGCUGAGAAAAAGAAAGAGAAAGGCUCCUCCAGUUCCAGCAGCAGCUCCAGUGACUCUGAGAGCUCCUCGGAGUCGUCCUCUGAUUCUGAGGAGUCGGAGAAAGAGUCAAAGAAGCGGAAAAAGAAGGCAAAAAAACUCAAAAAGAAACAGGAGAAGGAUAAGAAGAUAUCAGAAGCUGAGAGUGUCGAAGAGAAGGAACAAGAGGAGGUGGUCACCUCCACUGUGCGUCCCGAGGAAAUACCGCCGAUCCCUGAGAAUCGUUUCCUCAUGAGGAGGAGUCCUCAGCCUGUCCAGAAGUCCGAGGAGCCUGAAAAGGAUCAGAGAAAAGAGGGCCGGCCACGAGAGAACACUGGCAUGUCCUAUAAUUCCCAGUCAGCUUAUAACAGAAGAUUCGAGCUGACCACUCGUUCAGGCAGGAAGAUAAAGGGGAGAGGACCAAGGAGGUACAGGACCCCCUCUCGGUCUCGUUCAAGGUCUAGAGAUCGUUUCCGCCGCAGCGAAACCCCCCCACACUGGCGCCUAGAAAUGCAGCGUCAGAGAAUGCGGGCGGUGACAGGAGAGCGCUGGAUUAAGGGAGACCGAGGCGACAUGGAGCAGUCCAAAGAUGAGGACGCCAAAGCCCCAAGGAGGGAGAGGCGGACCUCCAGCACAAGGCAUGAAAACACGGCCGAGGGCAAAAAAGACAAAAAAUCUCGGUCUCACAGAUCUAAAAGCAAAGAAGACGGGGCGGAAAGGGAUGAGAAGCAUAGCAAACACAAGGCAAAGAAAAAGGAUAGAUCGCACAGUCGCAGUAAAAGUAGAGACAAAAGUAGACGGUCAAAAAGCAGAGAUAAGAACGACAAGCACAAAAGUAACGACAGAAGAGGCCACUCCAGGAGCAAAGAGAAAGAUGUGGACCAAAAGGAAAAGGAGCCUGAACAGGACCACAGUAAAGAUAGAAGUAAGACUCACGAGUCUGACAAAAAGAAUAAGGAUGCCGUGAAAGGAAGCAAUGGCGAGCGAAACCGAACCGACUCCCCGAGCAAGGAGCGAGCCUCUGCGAAAGACCAGCACCGCUCCGACAGCAGAAACAGAGCCGGCGCCGCCGCCUCCAGAGAUAAAGAAGAAAAGAAGGAGAGGGAAAAAGAAAAGGGCAGAGAACGCAGCAGGAGCAGAGAAAGGCGGCGAAGAGGAGCAUCCCGGGAUCGCCGAUCCAGAAGCGCCGACAAGACCAAAUCCAGAGACUCGCACAGAGGCCGACGCUCCCGAAGCAAGAGCCGCCGGAGGGACCACAGCAAAGAGCGCCCGUCUCACCGCAAAGAUAAAGACAGCGGGCAGAGGCGGCGGCGCAGCAGCAGCAGCAGCAGCAGCAGCUCCGACAGAGAGCGAGCAGACAGGAGGAAGAGCCGCAAGAGAGGAGCUGACAGUGCCUCCAAAGACAGGAGAAGCCCCACCAGGUCAGAUCACGCAAAAGUCAGAGAUAGAGACGACGGUAAGCGGAAGCAGUCCAGCUCCAGCUCCAGCUCCGACAGCGAUUGAUGCUCUCCGUCUUUGUACCUACGAUUAAUGCAGUACGCCACACCAGCUUUCCAUCCAGAGUGGGAUCCCUGCCCGCCUCCUCCACAUGUGGCAGACAAACUCCAAACCGUUCAACUAGACCCACACACAGGUGGCAAGCAGCAGCAGCAGGCUGGCAUUAAGGUUAAAGUACUAAAUGCACACGUGAGACGGCUACAAAAACCUGCACACACAAGCUGGAUCAGAACCCGUGUGCUAGAUGGACAAACCCAACACCAUCCACCCUCGUUUAGUUUUUUUUUCUCCCCUAAAACUGCGCGUAAGCCUGUUGUUUGCUGGGUGAAGUUGUGAGACCCGUUCAGAAAAAAACAGACUCCAAAUCAACUUGAUCCCUAAAGCUGUUCAAGUACCAAGAGUUAUUUUAAUUUCAUAAGUGAGUGUUAUAUUGAAAGCAGUUUUUAACCUUUGGUAAAUUAUAAAUUAGCCAAUAAGAAGGUAUCUUUUUUUUUUUCUUUUAGUUUACUGGUAAUCUCACCCAUGUUGAGUUAUUUUCUACUGAAUAUUCAUACUGUGAUCCACACCUUUUCAUGUGUCUGUGUUUGAUCAAAUAUAUGCACACCCACUACUUUCAUCCACAGCAACAGUCCAGUACUGUAAUCCUUUUUGGUUUUUCAAAGAAAGAAUAUUAGCGGUUUCUGUGUGUACGUUGUCCUCCUGUUGAUCUUUUGGAAUGGUGAUUUGAGAUAAAAAGGAUCAGUUUGAUUUGUAAUAGUUUUUAAUACUGUGUAAAUGCUGACUCCAAAACCUUAUUUGCAAUGAAAAAUACAAAUAAUAAACGAUGACAACAGAACGCAAAAAUGGAAA